AUGGCUGUCAGUCUUCGCUGGGCCCGGCGGCGAGCGCGGAACACAGCAAUACUCGCACAAUCAGCCCAUGUUGAAGACGUAAUGACGCACCGGACGCACCGGACACAACGCUGGAACAUAGACAGCCCAAACGCGACAAAGCAGGGAGGCGCCAAGCCUGGUGGCAUUCCGUUUUCUGGAGAUGCCCUCGCGGCCCUCGCGGCCCCGGCUUCAUUAAACGUCAAAACUACAGUCAAAGCUGCUGAUUUGCAGGUGCUGUGUCGACGUUUGCGAAAGUUGCCUCUCCGCCAAUUGGGGCCUUCUCUGCCGGCCUUGCAUGCGCAGAUCCACAGUUUGAGCGAGACGGCAUCGGCUCAUUUUUGGUCAUCAAUUUCACGACGUAUUUUGGUGAAUGCAGCAGAGAGAGCACAUUUUCCCUUGCGAACUUUAGCAUUUGCACUUCCAGAGCUUCAGCGUUUGGGACUCCUUAAAAAAGUUUCUGCGCUGGGGAAGCUGGUUCGUGGUUUGGCCAGACAGGCCUCGCAAGCUGAUCAUGCAGACCUGCUUCCCCUGCUGAAUUGCUGCCGGACCCUGCAGCUACAACUGUCAAUUUCCAAGCCGCGGGCGCAAGGCUGCUGGGCAGGUCGCUUGCACAAAAAGCUCACGCGAAGUUUGCCACCUGUUCUGGCCGAGGCUCCGCCAGGCAUCGUCAUUCCGUGGAUGGAAUACUAUGCCGAACAUGGAAUGGUGCAUCAUGAGCACUUGCAUGUGUGGGAAAGAGCAGCUGAAAGCUUGAAGAGCUCGUUGCUGUCCUAUGAGGAUGAAGAAAGGCUCUUGAAGUUUCAAGACCGAGCACCUCUUUGGGUAGUGGAGUGCUUGCCAGAAGUAGCUUCAAAAUCCGACGCAAUCACUACAUGCUUGACUAGUGACAGCGAUUUGGAGCUGGUUGAAGCCCCACCUGAUGUCGAGUCGCAGCAAGACCUGACAUUGGCUAAUUUGCAAGUGACACCGACAUCCCCUCCGAUGUAUCUCACAUCUCCACCCGUCCCUGUGCUGUGGCAUAUGUUGCCGGUGAACUAUGAGAGGAGUUUGUCCCGCUUGGGAGGGAGGCAGCUAGUCCUGGCUUUGCGCUACGCUGCGGCUGAUGGUGCUGGAGCGAGUAUUGGCCAAGAUCUUCGUUUGACUGAAGGGAACCGACCACGCAAGCAUCGAAGCCGCAGUAGAGCACAGGCUUUUAUUGCAGCACUACUCUGGCAGCUCAGCCGUACAAGAAUAACGCCAAGUGAUGCAUGCUCGGUUGUGAAGAGCUUGGCCUCACUUCAGAAGGUUGGCUUGGCGGAUUGCCUGGAAGCAGCAGAAACAUUGGAAGCUUUAGUGGCUGGACCCUUAUCAGGUUGGAAGGUUGCGACUGUGCUGACUCCCAGUGAUGUGGCAGUCUUGUUGCAGGGCAUGGCCUCCUUGGUUGGGUCGCUACCGGACGAGUCUAUUCAGCCUUUGCAGGUGGUGGCACGCACUUCAAUGGAAAGCUCCGAAGGCUCAGUUGCACGGCUGUUGGAGCUUGCAGCUUGUGCUCUGCAGGAAGCAGGCGCCCCGCCCAAAACCUUGCGAGCCAUGUGUGGUGCAGCUGCUUCGCUGGCUAAAUGGCGCAAGAAGACUAGAACGACGCGGCGAACCAAGGACGAGGACAUAGAGAGCGUGAGCAGAAACGCGGAGGGAGAGGGAAACCAUCGAGAGUGGCAAGAGACCAAGACAGCGUUAGAACGCUUCCUGAGAGCAGCUGCUGUGGCAGCAAGGGAUGGACCACAUCCACAAGCGCCGCAACUAAAGCAGCCCUUGGCAGUUUUGCGGGCUGCAGGAGACUGUGGCAUUUGGUCUUCAGAGGUGUUUGCAAUGUUGGCGCCCAUGGUGACUGAAUUGAUCCUAGGUCGCCCACUACCAAGACUGCCUGGCUAUGCCAGAGAUUGGAAGCCCCUUCUUCCCCGUUCUGGAUACAUUCGAAGUGUGUGGCAGAUUGAGGAGCUUGCAGAGGUUGCAUGGCUUUACGGAUCACAUCGCAGACCGUUGGAGGGUCAAACAGGAGUGGCUUUGUCUCUGACUCUUUUGGUGCAAAUGCCGGUGCUAAAUGCCGGCCUUGCAGCGCCUUCGUCUCGACAUUUGGAUUCAACAACUCCGUCCCGCUCCGAUCUUUUGGGUUCGGAUCUGGACUCGCGCAUUCUAGCCUUUGCAUGUGACAGUUGCAGGGUGUUGCGAAAAGUUGCAGAAGAACCAUAUUUUGUUGGGAUUUGGCGGCCACCAAACGGACAACAAGCCGUCGAAGAAUUUGAUCCACAGUUUGUAAAGGAUCAUGCUCUGGCUAUGCAGGUGCUGCGGAAGUGGAAGCGGCAAGUGGACACCCUUCUGUUUGGUUCAUCCUGUGGUGCCCGUGUUCGGAGCCGCAAGCUCAGAGAGAGCAAAGAUGGGUGGCUUGGACGAGAUGUGCUGGCAGCAUGCUCGGCACUGUCGGCGUUUGAGCGUCAGAGCGACGAGGCUGCAGAACUUGCACCGGCCUUAAGAAGUCACUUUCAGUCCCAGCGCCGUGCGGCUGAGCAGGCCACCAAGGAUGAGCUCUACGAAAUAGCAGGAGCCUUUGCCAAACUGGCCACCACUCCGAAUGAGCCAGGUGCUGCUGACAUCUUUGAAGAGGUGGAAGCCACUUUGGGGAAGGCAAUAGAGAAGUGGGAGAGUGGCACUAUUUCAGCAAAAGCCAUUGUAGAAGAAAGGGCGCGGCUUAGACUGGGCCGUGCACGAGCACGGAUUGUGUACAACGACUUGCUACAAGGUUCGCGUCCCGACAAGGUGGCUGGUGCAAUCCAAGAUUAUGAUGUUGGAAUUUCGAUCAUGGAAGAUGAUUUUCGCCAGCACCCGGAAAGGAUGAUGUAUAGUGAGUAUCCUGACGCGCUGGUGAAGCGUGGCCUGGCAAAGGAAGGAUUGCAGAACUGGAGUGGUGCCGUGCAGGACUACACCACAGCAAUUGAUGCACUUCGACCGAAAGAUGGCCGAGAUGAUAUCGCUCUGACUGGAAAUGCAAGGAUGCAAGAAGGUGAUGGCUUGGGCAUGAACCCACUGAUUUUGAACUUUCGUGGCAACGCCUUGGGCCAACUUGGACGUUACGAUGAAGCUGUUGAAGACUACCAGGAGGCCAUCCAGAUCUUUGAUGCAGAUGGAGAGGUGCGUCAGGCGUCUUUGUCCCGCGCAAAUAUGGGUCUAGCGCUCUUCGGUGCUGGCAGGGAACCUGAAGCUCAGCUAACUAUGGAAAAGGUUGUUCGCAAUGAUCCUGGUGUGACCGAUGCUCAUGUCGCGUUGGCUGCUUGGUAUUGGGUGUGCGAGCGAGCAGCCGAAGCUGAGUCUCAAUGGCAGUUUGCCUGUGAGAAGAUUGACACGGGUUGCCAGGCCUACAAGGACAUGAAAUGGGUGUCCGAGAUUCGCUGUUUGAAGUUCGGUCAACGUCUUGGCCUUUGGGGCCUGGGCGCAGAGAUGGCCAUCAUGCCCUUGCCAGCGCAAUGCCUCAGCAUGCGGCUGAAGAUUGUUGCAGACGAGUUCUCGUCCUGGGCUGCCUACUUGCCAAGGUCCACGGAUGAAUCAAACAGCAACAAGGAAGCCCAGGCCACGCUCUCGGAUUUUGUUGGCACACAGGUCACAGGGCAUGUUUGGCAGCUCUCGCUCCGGCAGCGUGGUAGCCGGGCUGUGCAGGAGGCAAUCGAGCUCUGUGGUACCGACGACGAGCGCGAGGCUAUUGCGAGUGAGCUGGCGGGCCACAUCUGGGAGGCAGUGAGAUGCCCUCAUGCAAACUUUGUGGUACAGCGCCUGAUUGUAGCUCUGAAGCCCAGCGCAUGCCAGUUCAUCAUUGACGAGAUCAUGAAGCCUGGAUCGAAGAGUGUUGGCUACCUCGCCAGGCACAAGUAUGGUUGUCGGACUUUGCAGCGUCUUCUGGAGCAUUGCUCCCAACAGCAAACCCUUCCCAUUGUGGAGGGGCUUUUGGCAGAGGUAGUGCCCCUGUCGAGGCAUCCAUACGGCAACUAUGUGGUGCAACAGCUAUUUGAGCAUGGCAACAGCGAGCAAAGGGCCUGUGCGGUUCAGAAGCUGGUGAAGAAUGUGGUCCUAGUUGCUUCCGACUGCAACGGCGGUGCUGUGCUAUUAAAGGCCAUGAUGAAUGCUUCAAAGCAGGAGCAAGCACACUUGGCUCAUGCCAUGGCAACAGAGUCUGGCUUGGUCCUAUCCAUUGCAAGGAGCCGGUACGGCCAUGCGGUGGCGCAGCUGGUCUUCAGCGCUUUGAGUGAACCCAGCCGCAGCUUCUUGACACGUGAGCUGAUGGCGCAUUCAGAGGAGCUGCGCGCAUCAAGGUAUGGCCGCUUGCUGCUAAACAGCUUGGCUGGCAGGAGUGUGGCGAGCAGUGAGCCUGACGAUUCUGAAUAG